GUUUCUCCUGCCGGCUCGGUGGCGGUGGGUCCUGCGAGCUACCUGGAGAAUCCCGAGCUGGAGCUCUCCCGAGCGGGGGGGGAGAGGAGAGCCGAGGCAGGGCAUGAGUUUUAGCGCGAAAAGCGGCGCUUUGCUGAUCUCCCGGGCACCGCGGUGCUGGUGGCGGCGGCGGCUGCAGCAGCCGACCUGCGCCGCGGCGGGUCCCGCCUGGUCCUACUUCGGUGGCAGCCGGCCGCGGCCCAUCCUGGACAUGUCCUACUCCCGUCACUUUCUGGAUUUCCAGGGCUCGUCCAUCCCCAGCUCCAUGAAGAAGCUGGUGGUGACUAAGCUGAGCCAAAACUUCAGGGAAGCGGUUACCCUGCGGCAGGACUCGCCCGUGCCACUCCCGGGAGACGGAGACCUCCUUGUCAGGAACAGAUUUGUCGGCAUUAAUGCAUCUGACAUAAACUACUCAGCUGGUCGAUAUGACGCAUCAGUUAAACCCCCAUUUGAUAUAGGUUUUGAAGGUGUCGGUGAUGUGGUAGCGUUAGGACUCAGUGCUAGUGCUGAUUACACAGUGGGUCAAGCUGUGGCCUACCUGAAAGCAGGUUCCUUUGCUGAAUACACAGUUGUGCCUGCCAAACAAGCAGUUCCUCUACCCUCUGUGAAACCCGAGUUUCUUACUUUAAUGGUAAGUGGCGCUACCGCAUACAUCAGUUUGAAAGAGCUGGGAGAGCUGUCUGAAGGCAAGAAGGUUCUGGUGACAGCAGCGGCUGGAGGCACGGGCCAGUUCGCUGUGCAGCUUGCAAAGAAGGCAAAAUGCCAUGUAAUUGGAACCUGCUCCAGUGAUGAAAAGGGUGGUUUUCUGAAAUCCAUUGGCUGUGACCGUACGAUCAACUAUAAAACUGAAAAUGUUGAAUCUGUUCUUAGGAAGGACUACCCCGAAGGUGUGGAUGUAGUGUAUGAAUCUGUUGGGGGAAAGAUGUUUGACUUGGCUCUCAACUCCUUGGCUACCAAAGGGCGCCUGAUAGUUAUUGGGUUUAUCGCUGGCUACCAAAACCCUACUGGCCUCCAGCCCAUUAAAGCAGAGUUAUUGCCAGCAAAACUAUUGAAGAAGUCUGCCAGCAUCCGGGGUUUCUUCUUGAACCAUUACCUUUCCGAAUACAAAAUGGCUCUGAAGCACUUGCUCAAGAUGUAUGAAAGAGGAGACCUGGUUUGUGAGGUGGACUUUGGAGACAUGUCUCCGGAGGGCAAGUUCACUGGCUUGGAGUCUGUAUUCCGUGCUGUAGAUUACAUGUACAUGGGAAAAAACAUUGGAAAAAUUGUAGUUGAAUUACCUCACUCUGUCAACAGUAAGCUGUAAAAACAGAACAAUGAUAUAAAUCAGAAGAGAGAAAAUGGGCACUUUAUGCCACAGAAUUACUAGAAACAAUUUCUUUUUUUUAAGCUUAGUAAUGGAUAUUAUAUUAAAAAACAGCAUUAAGGUGUUAAUAAAAAGUUUUGUGUUUUUUUUUCUUUUCUUAAAAGUGCUUAAAUUGGUGGCUGUAGCACGGACUUAAGGGGCCUGUGUUUGAUUCUGUCGCUUAGGCUAGCAUGAGACAAGAACAUUGUUCCUGACAGAAUAAGUCUUGAUGCAGAGGCAGAUUUAGUCUGUCAGGCUGGUUUGAUAAGACUUUAUAUAUAGUUCAGCUCAGGAAAAAAAAAAUUCUUUCAGCAAUUUUGAUUCCCUGAUUUAAAAAUAAAAUUGUUAGAACAAGACUAAGUAAAGAGUUGUAUCUUGUGGUUGCUCUAUUAAUCUCUUGAAGUUUCUGGAAAAAAUUACGCUCUUGAUUUUUUGUCACAAACACAAUAAUCAUAAUUCAGUUGCAUCAUGGAUCAUAGUAAUAUUCCUUGACUGGUUACACAGGGAAAUUUAUCCUCCAAUUCUGACAUGUCAGUAAUCUUAAGAAAAGCAACUUGACUGUUUUUUUGAUUAUGUCUUUAGUAACUAUAAACAACUGUGCAAUUUUCUUUUAAAUCCUUAACUACAAGUUGCAACAUAAUCUCAUUUUCUUGCCUUUUCAUUUGCUACUGUUACUGUUUACUGUCCGAUCUCACCUUUAGUCAGUAUUAUAAGAUUAUUGGAGUGGGAUUUUGAGCCAUGUUCACGUGUUCAGGUCCUGUAUAUUUUUUGAAGAUUUAAUAAAGUUAAAAAAGCUAUUUAAAUAUUUGUGGCAUUUAUUCAUAUUGAUACAGUUCUUGCUGACU